UACUACUAGGGAAGAUGAAAAGAAAAAAAUUCUUGAAAUCCUCAAACGUACUGAGAUGGAAAAUUACGAAGAUUUGGAUGAUUUUUUUGAAAGAGUGGGAAGUCUCAAUUUAGAUACAGACUUUGAAGAAAUUUGGUGUUCUUUAACAGAAAAUGAGAAACUUGACUUUUCUAAAGCGCUAAAAGACGGACGUCUCGGUAAUCUGGUUACUCUGUGGACUGCCUGGUGGCUCGUCGCCGAAAACUUCCAUACUUUCGAGCUUUUGAGCGCUUGCGAGUAUCGCGAACAGUAUAAUAAAAAUAUAUUCGAUUUGGCCCAACACGCGGGCGUGAAAAUAUUAAGGCCUUCCUUGUUAAAGUUUUCUUGUAAUAAAGAAGUUUCUUUUUCGUUGUUUUUGCAUUUCCUUUGUAUAAUGUACGCCUAUUGUUAUACAUGUCGCUAUUUUAACGGAGACUUUUACUCUGAUAAAGAAUUUUCGUUGAGUUGCUUACUAACUUUAUCAAUUGUUUUGGAUAUUCCCAACGUCCGUCCGAAGAAAACUAAUAAUGAUAAUAAAUGGAAUAUUUAUUACGAAAUGCUUACUUUGAGUAACACUUUUGAAGAUGCUUUGCACCUACUUCUGCUUCGCACCGAUGAAAGCUCGUUUAAACAGACGAAAGCUUUUAGUAUAUCGAUCUUUAAGGACGUUUCAUACUUGUGUUUCAGGGAAGCGUCGGCUGUAAUGCUUUUUGACAUCCUUUAUCUCUUUCACUCCGUAAUAAAAACUUGUGAAGAUUUUGCUUUAAAAAAGCUUUUUCGCCUUUCGAAGAAAAAAGUCGAAUUUUUUGCAUCAUUAGUCUUGGGCUCCGAAUUUGACAUGCACACGAUGAUUGGACUUCAGAAUUCGAAAGAAAAAUUUAAAAAUUGUAAUACUGAAGAGUCGCGUAGUGCUAAAAUGGCUUCAAAAAGUGAACAGUUUGCGUUAGACUUCACCAAACUUACACGUGAUAAGUCGCCUGGUUGUGCAGUGUUAGAUAAUUACUUUAAACGCGCUUCUGUUUUUCUGCCUGAAAAAGCUUCUGAACUUUUAAAUAAUUUAAGCGCUGAGGCUGACAAUCUCGCCGUCAUUCAAGUUUUAAGAGAAAAACUGAGAAGCAACUCUCAAUUAGUUGAGCUUCUUUAAGAGCAUGAAAAAAAAUUAAAACGAUCGAGUGCUGGCAUGCUAAUAAAAUUUCAGAGGCGAGAGGGGGGGGACAUCUUUCGAGUUUGAAAGGUUAAGUACUCCGCACAUCUUAGUUUGGCG